AUGAUACCAUCCUUGAGACGCGGAUGCGCUCGUGAAGGAAAUAAUAAUGGGUCGGUCCCCCCGGUAUCUGUCAAUCAAGCAGAAGCCCUUGCUACGCUCCAUAUACCGAAUGCUGAACUGACCAGGGACUCUAUUGCUGGGAACGGGAAGAAACACUGUAUCUUUCCCUGGCGGAUCCCCAGGGAUAAAGAAUCCAGGCGUAGAGGGCAAAAAGCGCAUCUAUUCAUCAGAAUAUUCCAACAUCCCCCUCAUCCCUUCUCUGACAUGCGGAAACAUCCUCCUGUCUGGUAUGACAUGAUGGAGGGUGUCCCUAAUAUAUUAUUACAGGCGCAUGAUUUCAUACAGCCCGUGGAGUCCAAUUCAGCCUUCCGCCCCAGACAUUUUGCCCAUCGUUCCCCAACUCCAUCCUCCACUGUAUCCAAACUUUCCCCCAAGGCAAAUUCAUGUCUCCGAUUAUCAGUACCGCCAAAGGCGGAGUUUAUGUAA